AUGGGUUGCUCUUUGUGCGUGUUUGGAUUGGCGGUUUUGGUUGUGAUUGCUAGCCCUGUGAGUGUGAACGGAAUUGAGUGCGGCGAUGCGAUAACGAAGAUGAUCCCGUGUGAGUCGUAUUUGACUGGUGCUGGUGCUGGUGCUGCUGUGCCUAGCACUGACUGUUGCGAGGCGGCACAAGGCCUGGACAAGAUAGCUGAGGCUUCGAUACCCGAACGCAGGGCUCUGUGCGAGUGUUUUAAGCAAACUGCAAGGUCUUUUCCUGUCAAUCGUGACCGAGUCAAGCAACUUCCCCAACUCUGCAAAAUCAAUAUCAGCAUAGCAAUAGAUCCCAGCGUGGACUGCAAAAAGUAA